AAGUACCUCGACGUGUCCAUCCGGCAGUUCGAGGGCCUCGAGGACGCCGGCGACGUGCUCGUCAACUCCUUCCGCGACCUCGAGCCGCAGGAGGCGGAGUACAUGGCGUCGAGAUGGCGCGCCAAGACGGUCGGCCCGACGCUGCCCUCCUUCUUCCUCGACGACGGCCGCCUGCCGUCGAACAAGGCCUACGGCGUCAACUUCUUCAGCAGCGACGCGCCGUGCAUGGCAUGGCUGGAUCGGCAGCCUCCUAUCUCAGUAGUCCUCGCGUCCUACGGGACGGUCUACAGCCUCGACGCCGGCGAGCUUGACGAGCUUGGAAAUGGGCUCUGCGAUUCCGGCAAGCCAUUUCUCUGGGUCGUGAGAUCCAGCGAGGUAGAAAAGAUAUCUGAAGAACUCCAUGACAGAUGCAAGGAAAAUGGAUUACUUGUGCCUUGGUGUCCCCAGCUUGAUGUCCUGGCGCAUAAAGCCAUAGGUUGUUUCUUGACACACUGCGGAUGGAGCUCAACGACAGAAGCAAUUGUUGCCGGUGUGCCAAUGGUGGCAAUGCCAAGGUCGGCUGACCAGCCAACCACGGGAAAGUAUGUGGAGAGUGCAUGGGGGAUCGGCGUGCGGAUGCGGGCAGAGGUGAAAGGCUUGGUGAGGAGGGAGGAGGUGGAGAGAUGCAUCCGGAAGGUGAUGGAUAGGAAGGGAAAGGAUGAGUACCGCAGCAAUGCGACAAAGUGGAUGAAGAUGGCCAAAGAGGCAAUGCAGGAAGGAGGGAGUUCGGAUAAAAACAUUGCUGAAUUUGCAGCCAAGUAUUUAUCGACAUAAAUUUAGGCCUAAUUAUCCAUAGCCACCCCAUGGUUAUAUUGCGAUUCAUCGCAUAUUUCGUAUGCACGUUUUGAUUAAAGAUUAUUCUUCCUCUUCA